UUCAGAGCGCAGAGGACAAACUGUUUGAUGACGUGGAUGUUGACCUGUACUCUAUUAAAACCCCAAGAGCGUCCUGUCGUCUGCCAGCGGUGAAGAGGGUCUUGAAGUUCAACACCUGCGCGUGCAGCUUGUGAACCACUAAUACAGAACCGGACAAUCUUUGAACAUUUCAUACCAGUCCUGCAGUCAGCAUGAGCACCAGCACUCAAAUACACCAGCAAACUGAUCCAACCAAUAACCAGCUUGGACAAAGCUUGGCCUGUUCACCCAUGACAGACCUUUUGCAGCAGGAUGUUGAGGAUGGAUUGUCAGAGAAAAAGAGCAUUGAGGAGGUUCUGGCAGGUGCAGAAUUGGCCCCAGCCCAAUCUCUGUGGACUACAGAGGCCAGCGGAUCAGUUCAGCUGAGAAUGGAUGAACUUUGUCCAGAACAGCCCAUCACUGUGCAUCAGAUGUUUACCAACUCAGUUCAGAAGUACGGGAAGCUGACCGCUUUGGCAAGCAAAAAAGGCAACAAGUGGGAAAAGGUUACCUUUUCGGAAUAUUAUCACCUCAGUCGAAUGGCCGCCAAAGGCUUUCUAAAGCUUGGUCUGGAGCGGUUCCACAGUGUAGCCAUCCUGGGAUUCAAUUCAGCAGAGUGGUUUAUUGCUGCUGUUGGAGCUGUCUUUGCAGGGGGUAUAAUGGCAGGUAUCUAUACCACAAACUCACCAGAUGCCUGCCUCUAUGUUGCUAAUGACUCAAGAGCCAAUGUCAUUGUUGUGGAAAAUCAAAAGCAGCUGGAUAAGAUUUUAGAGGUAAAGGAUAAGCUUCCACACUUGAAAGCCAUAGUACAGUAUUCUGGAUCUUUGAAGGAGAAGUUGCCCAAUCUCUAUUCAUGGGAAGAGUUCAUGGGACUAGGACUGGAAGUCUCUGAUCAAGAACUAGAUGAAGUCAUUUGUAGCCAGAAAGCCAAUCAAUGCUGUGUACUUAUUUACACCUCUGGAACAACCGGAUCACCAAAAGGAGUGAUGCUAAGUCAUGACAAUAUCACAUGGACAGCCCACCAUGCAAGCAGGGCUGGAGAUAUGCAGCCAGCUGAAAUCAGUCAAGAGUCUCUGGUCAGCUACCUUCCACUCAGCCAUAUUGCCGCUCAGAUCUAUGAUCUCUGGACAGGGAUCCAAUGGGGGGAGCAAGUGUCUUUUGCUCAGCCAGAUGCUCUAAAGGGGAGUUUAGUAGACACUCUUCGAGAGGCAACCCCUACAGCCCACAUGGGCGUUCCACGUGUUUGGGAAAAAAUUAUGGAAAAGAUCAAGGAAGGCAUUUCACAGUGUGGAUACAUGAAAAGGAAACUAGUGACAUGGGCCAUGUCUGUUAGUCUGGAGGCUAAUCAAAGGCUUACCAAUCAUCAAAUCAGGGAUGAGAAGUCAUUCCUCUUUACUCUUGCGGACAGCCUGGUCUUGCAGAAGCUUCGUGCCGAGCUGGGCUUCUCCAAUUGUGUGAAGUUCUUCUCAGGAGCAGCACCCAUUGGAAGUGAAACUCUUCAGUUCUUCCUCGGCCUCAACAUUCGGCUUUAUGAAGCCUACGGGAUGAGUGAAAGCUCAGGACCCCACUUUAUGUCUGGGCCGAAAGCGUACCAGUUUUCAAGCUGUGGUAAGGUGGUUCCAGGCUGCCAAUACAAACUAGUAAAUGUAGAUGGUGAUGGCAUUGGAGAGGUGUGUUUCUGGGGCCGCAAUGUCUUCAUGGGAUUCCUUAACAUGGAGGACAAAACAAAGGAGGCUUUGGAUGAAGAUGGCUGGCUUCGAUCUGGAGACUUGGGAAGGGUAGAUGAAGAUGGCUUUCUUUACAUCACUGGAAGAAUAAAAGAGCUUAUAAUCACAGCUGGAGGAGAGAACAUUCCCCCACUUCCCAUAGAGGAUGCUGUUAAACAGGAGUUGCCAAUCAUCAGCAAUGCCAUGUUGAUUGGAGACAAGAGGAAAUUUCUGUCCAUCCUGCUAACGCUAAAGUGCACAAUCAAUCCAGAAACUACAGAGCCCACUGACAUUCUUAGCUUGGAGGCUGUGGAAUUCUGUCAGCGGCUUGGUAGCCAAUCGACAAAGGUGUCGGACAUCAUUGGUGGAAAAGACAAGCUAGUUUAUCAGUCCAUUGAAGAGGGCAUUGCACGGGUCAAUUCAAAAGCAACCUCAAAUGCCCAGCGCAUUCAAAAAUGGAUCAUAUUAGGGAAAGAUUUCUCAAUUGUUGGAGGAGAACUAGGUCCUACAAUGAAACUUCGUCGCCCAGCGGUGUUGCAGAUAUAUCUCAGUGAAAUAGAGAGUUUUUACAGAGAAUAGAUGAACUCCAGACUUGGCUGUAACUCUGUUAAAGAUUCCGUUUCUUUUUUGGCCAAUUAUAUCGUAGAAAUUAGAUUUGUAAUGAUUUUUUUUUUAAUCUAACAACACAAAGUGCCCAGAUUUUUUUUUAAAUAACAUACUGUUAAUUGUCUUCAUUGUAAAUUGGAUGUUAUAAGUUUAAUAUUCCUGUAAGUUUUGACCAGAUCUUAAAAAUUAAAGUUGUGCUUUGUCUA